AUGGCGGAUGUGUUGACCAAAGUCGGGCUGUUUGUGAUUGUGCAAGCUUUGGUCUACCUCGUACUCACCACUUCAUCCACCGUUUUCUCCAGAAACCUCAAGCGAUCUUUCAGCUUCAAGCCCGCUCGUUCCGUUAGCAUCCGCCGGAUAUUCAACGCCAUCUCCGAUGCUCCGGUAGGCGAGCCUUCUCCGAGGACAACUUCUUCUUCUUCUUCUUCUUGUGAGCAACAGCAACAGCAACAGCAGCAGCUCGAUCCAAUUUUUGGGGAUGUUGGAUAUGCUAAUUAA